GGGUUCCGCCACUCCACGAUCGUUUCGUCCGCAGCCCCGUCGAGGAUCGCGUCAGCCGUGGGCCAAACGACGCCGUCACCAUGGACAAGCUGUUCUUCACCGACUCGUUCAAGAAAAUCCUGCAUGUGGGAAAAGUGCAGACGGACAACAAUGUCUUCCGGCUCCACUACCGCUUCACGGGCCUCUUCCUGCUCGCCUGUAGCGUGCUCGUCAGUGCCACGCAGUUCUUCGGCAACCCAAUCUACUGCGUGGCCCACGAUGCCAUACCAGAGCCUGUGAUGAAUACGUACUGCUGGGUGGAAGGGACCAUCACGCUACCCCGCUCACUGAACGCAACCGUGGGCAAGCAAGUCGCCGCACCCGGUGUUGACCAGCGCCGCAUCAAGGAUGGCGAUGAGGUGAUCGAGCAUGCGUACUACCAGUGGGUCUGUUUCGUCCUGUGUCUGCAGGCCAUCAUGUUCUACUUCCCGCGAUGGCUCUGGCGAAGUUGGGAGCACGGGCGCAUCCAGGCGCUCCUCCUGGAGCUGAACAAACCACUGCUUGAACACGAGAAGAAGGAUAAGCAGGUAGACGACGUGGUGGACUACUUCUACGUUCACCGUAGUCAGAACCAGGCGUACGCACUGCGGUUCUUCAUCUGCGAGGUCAUAAAUUUCAUCAACGUGAUCGGCCAGAUGUACUUCAUCGACAAGUUCCUCGGUGGAAUGUUCUCGACGUACGGCGCCGACGUUAUCCGCUUCAUGAACGAAGACCCGGAGGUCAGGGUGGACCCCAUGACACGCGUCUUUCCCAAGAUGACUAAGUGCCGCUUCCACCGGUUCGGAACCUCCGGAGACGUGCAGAAGCACGACUCCAUCUGUCUCCUGCCACUGAACAUUAUUAACGAGAAGAUCUACGUCUUCCUCUGGUUCUGGCUCAUUAUCCUCGCAGUGGUCACGGGCGUCACGCUGCUCUACCGCAUAGUGGUGUGCGCGUUUCCCCGUUACCGGUACCUGCUCUUGAAGACCCUCAGUCGCAUGGUUGAUUCCAAGGACAUGGAUCAGCUGGUGAUGAAGGCUGCGUAUGGCGAUUGGUUUGUGCUAUACCUGCUCAAGGACAACAUGCAGGCGUACCACUUCCGCGACAUCGUGAUCAAGCUCUCUCGGAAACUGGCAUCCGAGAAGGAUCCGGAUUACGUCGAUGGACCACUCAACUCCGCGGCAUAGGCAGAAUUCAAUUAUUUCGACUUAUAUGACAAAUGACGCAAUGAGCGACGUAUACGUGAAAACCAUCCACGCAACAACCAUUCCGCGUAUAUCAUUGUCAUGCAAACCUGCAAUAACUGCGGCUUAGUUUAUUCAUGCAGUCAUACCCUUCUCGAUUUGAUUAGAUUGGGGUUGGUGUUAUAGGACACCCUCAGUCUUUUUCCAGAUUUAUCAGUAGUGCUCCGAAUAACUGCUUCUGAAACUGCUGAAUGCUGAUACAAGUACACCUCCUUUACUUUCAGGUUCUAAAAUUCUCGUCAAAAUGAAAAAAAAAAAUGUAAAUGUUCUUGAAGUGACAUUCGGCUGGAAGGCCGCUCAGUGGCACGUUGACGAAGUUUCAAAGCAUGAAAACCUUCAACAUUGACUUCAAAGUUUUGUUGAAUUUCUUUUAUCGUUAGACAGGACGUCCAACGAAUGAAAAGAACUCUUUGUAAAAUCGAGAAGAAAUUCAAAUCUGGAGGAUGUUGUGUAUAAACAAUGUAGAAAACUAAACGUCCAGCGAUAAAAAUGUACAAACUUAUGGUUGAGGAAUGCAUACUCUUCUGUGUUAUAAAUUUUAGGGCACCUACCAAUUAAGCUAUAGAUUUAUCAUUCGCUUAAAUUUCUUUGCCGUCUUAUUCAUCUUAUUUUGUUUAUAUAAAAAUGGGCGUUUCCGUUUUUUAAAGACACUUGGGCCGGGCCGACCGCUUUCAUUUAUCUCUAUAUAUAUAUGCUCAUAAUUGUAUUAGCUUUAGCCGGAAGAGCUUUUCAAAUAAGAAGCCUAGUCUUGCCGGACUUGACCACAAAGAGUGUUGCAUUGGUUUGUGUUCGUGUUGAGGCUCUGAUCAGUGAUCUCGUUUACUAUCCGUCUGUCCUACAAGCACAUGAUAUGCAUAUCACCAAUAUUUCAUGUGUCUGAAUCUACACGAUAUUAACGCAGCAAGUAUGUGUUCGCGUUCGCAACAACUGACCUGCAUUCUUUAAUCAAUUACGCGUUUAUGUGCUUCUAUUUGACACUGGAUCAUGUAAAUUCAAUAUGUUACUCGGUUGUUCUCUUGCGGACUAUAUGGUUUAUAAACUCGAUAUACUGUUGAAUGCUCCCAGCACUCAAGCUACGCGUAUUUGUGGCAUUGGGCAACUGGGCUAGUUGGCUUGUAGUAUGUUCAGCCCUCGUCUUGAGGGUGUUCCUGUACAAACAGUCAAAUGAGUACAGCGCUUCUAUCCUCAUUUCACAGUGACGUUUCUCUUGAAGACUGGCAGAUGACACAAAUAAAUUGUUUUUUUUUUUCAGAGCACUGCGAUUGUAAAUGAUAAAAAAAUGCCUCUAGUAAUUCGUCGUUGGCAGUCUUUGGCAGUUGUUUUGAUAAAUAAAGCUGUAUCGAAUUUCUUCUCUAAA